GAGAUGUGUACAGGAGUAGAAGGGAACGGAUUGCUAAAGGAGCUAGCUGGAUCCUCCCGGUUACAGAAGCAAGACUGAGCGUGGCCAUGUUCUACACGGUAGGCUUUAUUUCGUGAUAAAAGCCAACGGUGGAGUGUAUUCGUCGCCGAAAAGAGUCGGAGAGACGCGUUUUGUUCAGGCGGAGUAACAAAGCCGGUGUGUGAGGAUUGCAAAUCUGAGCCGUACGAGUCACCGUUAGCUGGCCUAGCCGGACUCAGGAGCUUCGUCUCCCAAAACAAGAAUGGGGUCCGAGUCCACUCGGAUUAGCCUGCUACUAAAGUGACCUUUGCUUAUAUUCCCUGAUGGCUAACUUCACGAAUUACCAGGAGGGUAAGGCGGCUAUGUUGAUGGUAGAGCCUCAGCAGAGGGACGUGGGGACGAGUCCUGCGGCCGCCAACACAAACGGAGACGGCUCAGUCGGGGAACCCCCUUCCCCGUUAAUUAAUAUCGGCGGCGGCGGAGGAGGCGGCUCUCGUUUUCACCAACACUUGCCGCCCCCCAAUCACCUUCACCACCACCAAAACCUCAGCCUCGACUCGCCAAAGGAUCAACAGCAGCACCAUCACUACCAGCUGGCUCCACAGCAGCAUCUUUCCGGGGAAAACACCACCGAGUCCCCGGGCAGAAAAGCCUCCUCCUCCUCUUCCAUCAGCCAGGUACACACAGCCGAGUACCCCGCCGCUAGCGGCAGCGGCCAUGUAUCCGCCGCUGUGACCGUCGCUAACAGCUCGGAAGUCGUGGAUGAUAUUCGAAAGUGCGGCUAUUUGAGAAAGCAGAAACACGGACACAAGCGGUUUUUCGUGCUCCGGGCUGCCAGCCAUCUGGGGCCGAGUCGUCUGGAAUACUACGACAGCGAGAAGAAAUUCAGAAACAGCCUGCGCACCGCUGCCGCCGCGGCCGCCCCGAGCGGAGGAGCGGUGGCCGCUUCGCCUCCGAAGAGGGUUAUUUACCUCUACCAGUGUUUCACGGUGAACAAAAGGGCGGACUCUAAAAACAAACACCUCAUUGCCCUGUACACUAAGGACGAAUAUUUUGCUAUUGUGGCUGAAAACGAGACGGAGCAGGAGGAUUGGUAUGUGGCCAUCAGUGAGUUGAUGAGUGAGGGGAAGAGGGGGCACGUGGACUCUGAUGAUUUAGAUGAUGGCUAUGGUACAGUCAGCCCUGGGACUGUGUUUAAGGAGGUUUGGCAGGUUAAUGUUAAACCUAAAGGACUGGGUCAAACUAAAAACCUCACAGGUGUUUACCGGCUAUGCCUGUCUACUAAAACCAUUCACCUCGUUAAACUGAACUCUGAAACCCCCUGCGUUAACCUCCAGCUGAUGAACAUUAGGCGCUGUGGACACUCUGAGAGCUUCUUCUUCAUAGAGGUGGGCCGCUCCUCCUCCAUCGGGCCUGGGGAAAUAUGGAUGCAGGUGGAUGACUCGGUGGUGGCCCAGAACAUGCACGAGACCAUCCUGGAAACGAUGAAAGCCCUGAAAGCUUUUGCAGAAUUCCGGCCGAGGAGCAAAAGCCAGUCUUCAGGCUCCAACCCCAUGUCGUUCAUCACCACGCGACGCCACCUGGGUAACCUCCCUCCAAGUCAGACCGGGUUGCAGCGGCGGUCGAGGACGGAGUCUGUAGUCGGCACGCCACCCUCUAGUAAAAGUUCCGGUGCGAGCGGCUAUCGCUUCCGCACGUCUAGUGAAGGCGAGGGGACGAUGAAUCGGCCGUUUCGCUCUGCCACGGGAAGCCUGGUCCACCUCAACGCAGCCCGUGUUCCCCAUGGUCGCCAGGACAGCGGUGGGAGUGGCAGCAGCUGGAGUGGUGUUGCAACAGGAAAUGCUGGCACGAGCACUACCAGCAACCGCUACGUCAGAGCUAUCCCCUCCACCUGUCACGCCCGCUCAGCCUCACUUCCUGUCUCCCACUUCCCCUCGACCACCAGCCCAGUCAGCGUUUCCUCCAGCAGUGGCCAUGGUUCUGUUUCUGACACGCUCACCCGCCCAUCAAGCGCCUCUAUAUGUGGCUCCCCAUCCGAUGGAGGCUUUAACUCCUCCGAUGAGUACGGCUCCAGUCCCGGUGACUUCCGGUACUUCCGGGUGAGGAGUAACACGCCGGAUUCUCUGGGCAACACCCCACCAAUCAGAGAGGAGAACUGCCUCAACGAUUACAUGGCCAUGGGUUGGAACCGGGACGUUUUCGGCACCAGUGUGGGCUCUGGAAACAACAGUGGAUGUGAGACACCGCGCGAUGAGAGUACCUCAACGACCGAGGAUGAGCGCUUUUCUUCCUCAUUACUGAGGAGGAGGACGCACUCCUUCUCCAGAGCAGCUGCCGGUGUGACCGGAGCCUCUGGAGUAGCCACUUAUCAGAAAAUGACCCAGACGAACCUCUCGCUGGAUGAGGGGUCAGACUUGGUGCUGCCAUUUGGGAGCGGGCUGCUCCGGGGUGGGCCGUCCUCUUCCUCUUCCUCACUUCGCUCCGACUACAGCUCAUGCUCCGAACACAGUCAGCAGAGCCGUCCCUCGACACUCUCCAGGUCGGAGGCCGGAGCCGAACGCCCCCCUCUUUCUUCCUGCUCUUCUGCCAAGGAAGACAGCGGCUACAUGCCCAUGAUGUGCGGCGUAGCAGCGGCGUCGCCUCGGGACACUCCUCCUGACUACAUGCCUAUGCAACCCUCUUCUUACUCCUACCAGGUCUCCCACUCACCCCAGUUCCACAGCCCAGCUUUAGGCACGCGCUCAGCCCACCAUAACCCACAAUCUUCCACGGACUCUCACGGCUACAUGAUGAUGCUCCCAGGGAGCAGUGGCACCUCUCCUUCUCCUCUCCAGGUCUCUGCUGGUGUUGGUGGAAGUAACAGCAUGGCUGAGAAACCUGAAAACGGAGAAUAUAUGGACAUGUCCUACAGCGGCUGUGGUCGCAAGCUCCCAGGUGAAGAGAGCACUGUGUAUUACACACCAGGAACUCCCGAGGGGCCCCUGAAGUCUUACAGUCCUUACUUCUCUCUCCCCCGCUCUUAUAAGGCCCCCAAUAGGGAAAGGGAAGAGAGAGAGGAUGGGGAAUACGUACCCAUGAGUUCCCCUGCCAAACCAGUGUAUUCGUCAGUUGCGACUGCUUCAAUGUUGGUGCCAGAAAAAAGAAUAGGAGGGGGCAGCAACACCUCCACUCCCUCCCACCCACCUCCUCCCUAUGGAGCUCACCAUACAACUGCUGCAAUGGCUGACCGACGGGUCAUGAGGCCUACCCGCCUUCCUUUAGGCAGGAGGAGUUUCCAUGGCCCGCUGCGGGUCGGCGAGCCCGCCACAGAGACCUCGUGUGCUACAAGGUCUGUCCCAGUCACCAGCGUCCCACGCGAAGGGCCCUCAAGUCCCGGAGAGUAUAUCAAUAUUGAGUUCGGAGAACACUUCCCUCACCAACAGCAGCCCCCUCCCUAUCCCUUGUCCACUCAAGAUGAAGCCCCCUCCCUGGUAUCCAGCGAUGCUUGCUGCUCUCCUCCCCAAGACUACAUGAGUGUGGAGGUUGGGUCGGACCAGCAUGAUGCCACUGGGUGUCUGGGUAAGAACCAGUCGCCCAGGCCCAGCCUCGUUGCUCCUUGGAACCCGCCCAGCUACAUCCGACCUCUGGUUAACAGCUCUGGGGUCUCCGGUUCAGGCGGUCACUGGAGGUCGGUAGGAGACGAUUACACGGACAUGUCAUUCAACCUCAGCAGAGGUGAGAGGACUCAAAGCCCCACAGCGAUGCUGCAGCAUCUUUGCGUCAUAGAGGGACGCUAUGGUCACCCUGCCUCCACCACCUCCUCGUCCACCAUUUCCCCACCUCACUUUUCUUCGACCCAACAGCUGGAGCCCAAGGUGGUGCGAGCGGACCCCCAAGGCAGGAGGAGACACAGCUCAGAGACGUUCUCCUCCAGCUCAUCCUCUAAUUCAACUCCUUCGUCUUCAGCCACCCAUCCGUCUCUGUCCAACCCCUCAGCCCCGAACGCCAAUGGAUCCUACCAAACGGAGGGACAGACCUCUAGGUGGGCCAGCUCGGCAUCUUUCGACAGUGUGUGGAUGUCCUUGGAGGGCGCAGGAGACUCGCCAGCUCACCAGGCCCAGGUGAGAAACGCAGAAACCGACGCCAUGUCCGGGAACAUCCCAGCGUCCGCCUCCUCGGGGGUUGGCACCAGCAGAAAGUGCAGGAACACGUCCGUCGGCUACCAGAACGGCCUCAACUACAUCGCCUUGGAGCUGAGGGAAGACGGGAGCAACGCAGGAGCGCCAGGGGCCAGUAGCAGCGGCGGCGGGAAUGCAUCAGUGGCGCCACCAGGAAUGGUACCUCUGCCAGAGAAUGGAGCCUACGCCAGCAUAGACUUCACCAAAUCAGAUGGAGUCACCACAGCAACCAAGGACUGAGCGGCAGAGGUCCACCAUGUUGCCUCCUCCUUCUCUUCCUCAUGCUCCUCGUCAUCUCUUAUCUCGGGGCACUUGACUCUGCCUUUGACCUUUAGCCCCUCCCCACACCCCGCCCCUUCCUCCAACAGUGACCUUUGACCUUCAGUCACACUGAGAAGCUGCUUUCAUCUGGUCACAGACAACAUUUUCAACAUGACAAACCAGAAAAAACGCUUGCGGGUUGUUCCUUUUUUAAUUAUUAUUAUUAUUAUGAUUAUUAUUUUUUAAGUUUUUCAUUGUUAAUGUUUUUAUGUUUUAUAUGCAUAUCCUGUCCUGUUAAUCGUCCCCUUAAACGAGUGAUGCUGCCAGUGUUUGCUGCUCUUCCCACCCACCCCCUCCUGUUAGUUCAAAACUGCUAUCCAGCACGCAGCGGUCAGUGAACUUUAACCGAGGGGUGUACAACACAAACAGGCAGUUUUUUUUUUUUUUUUUAUCAUUUCUCUUUAUGCGGUAUUAUUAUUAUUUUUAAAAAAAGGGAAAUUUAGAGUUAAAAGCGCCGGCAUUAUGGUACGAACUUGGAAGCUUGAAAUAUUCUGUCAUCAUUUACCAUAAAUCUUUUGUACCCUAUUGAUAAUCCAGCCUCAAUUUUAUUUAAUUUAACUUUAUUUUUCUUUUUUUUUUUUUGUAGAAGACCUUUAUAGAUAUAUGCACAUAUAUAUUUUUUAACAUUUCUUCAGUUUGUUUAGUACAAAGCUUGUGGCUGGGUCCAUUUUAGCUUCACACACACACACACGGAGAGCACGCUAGUUCCCAGGUACAACACGGCUCCCAAAUCUGCUGCAAUACUGCACCAGUAUCUGUGUAUUACUACAGUAAGAAAAUGUACAGCGUUACAGUAUUUAUUUUACUGACUGCACAUCUAUUUAUUUGGUACAACAGGUACAGAUGUCCCGGUACAUUUCAUAGUUUGCUUCCUAGACUGAAGGUACUCAGCAGAGAGGGAAGAUAUUGCGGAAAAAUCCACACCAGCAGCUAAUUUUCUCAUACAUUUUAGAGGAUUGAGACCACCCAACAAUAUUUCUUGUGUAAAAAUUAGGUUGUGUACUUUGUGGAGUAUUAAAACCAAAGCCAAAUAGAUUGCAACAAAGAAUUUGAGCAGUAUGUCCACCAUGGAGUUUAAUAUUAAAAUUCCAGAUUCAGAAUAUAUAUAUAUAUUUUUUUAAUAAAUGUUUUAUACUUUCAUAAUAAAUUAGCACGGUGGUCAAUUUUACUGAAGCUGAUGGUAUGUUGAAUGAGUAUUCUAUAAGGAAAUUGAAGUUGGAGACUGUGUGCCACCAAAAAUCUUCCUGUGUGAAACAAAUUUUUAAAUUAAAACAUGUUAGGGGAACCGCAACAUAUAAAAGUAAAGGCGUACAAAAAGGAAAACUGCUAAGAACAUUAUUCUCAGAAUUGGAGCAAGUGAUGUUUUUACUCGGACUGAAAAGACGUACGCUGCAUGUUUUUGUGGGGAAGAAGAUUGGUGACGCACAACCUCCUAACUCCAUCUUGUCUGCAAUUGUACUACUAAAAGGCGAUUGUGUUCAUUUACAUUUUAAGAUUGCUGCCUUUGUUUACACUUUCAGACAGCCAGCAGUAUAGAAGUAUUUUUCGUUUGCAGAUGUAGUCAGUAUGUUAAUAAUACCAUGACUGAUUAUCACUUAUACAGUUCAGAUGAAAUUAUUCAAACCCCAGGUGGAUUUUAUUUAGAAUAAUUUUUACUCAAAGCGAAACUUUGUGUGAAAAUAGUUUCAAUCCAUUUGUGUUUACUUUCUACAAUUCUGGCCAAUAUUUUUGCUAGUUUCCACCAGUAUUUAGACAAUUUAUAUAAGGCUUUUAAUUGCACAAGAAAUGGAAGUUGGAGGUUGUGCACCACCAAAAAUCUUCCUGUGUGAAACACAUUCUUAGGUUGAAACAUGUCAGAGUAACUACAACAUAUAAAAAGUAAAGGUUGACUCUGGUUGAGCCGCUCCAACUCAUUAAUAUUACUUCCAGUCAAUGUUUGUUUAUUUUUUUAAAUUUUGAGAUUACUUUAGACCCAAAUCUGCCAGGGGUAUUAAUGAUAUCUAAACUAACGUUGUUGUUUUCUGCUCCAUUUCCAACUCUUGUCUGCAUACAAACUGACUUUUGUUGCCACUAAAAACUAAACAUUUUUUCCAAAAAAAAACUCUUCAGAGUGGAAAUUGUUAAAAAUCCGCUUGGAAAUGGAGACGACUGAAAACAUCAGGACAGUUCCACUUUGCACAUGCUAGCUCUGGCUUCCUUUGCUGGAAACCUCAACAGUUCAGCAGUUUCGAAGUGUCUCACUUUGUAAACUUAAAAAUAUAAACGAUGGAGUGGAAACAAAAGGGGAACAAGUGUCACUGAAAACAGAAGCUUUAAUUGUUUUUGAGAAGACUUGAAUUUAAAUUUGUUUAAAACAAAGAAAGUGUAGCGUAGCUUGACAGGUUUUAAGAACCAUUACGUUUUCCAAUCUAGAGCAUCAGUGCGAAAACAAAAAAAUUGACCUAUUUGCUUGGGGAAAAAUAACAAUUUUUCAGAAUUUGCUGGUGGAUACGUAUCAUUUCCCCUCUCUGCUGCUUGUUGGUUUGUUUCAGUUUUCUGCACAAAGCGCUGUUUGUUUAUACUGAAGUAGAAACACAUUUGUGGCUCCUUUAUUUUUUUGUGUGUGUUGCUUUCACUUUUACCUCACGUGCGGUCCUUACAGUUCAUGCGAGAGCGUGGUGGACGGCAGGUACAGGCGCCAAACGCGGCAUGAAUGACGCGCCGCGCUCUGACGAAGGCGACUCCUUCUCACAGGCUCUUGAUUUCGGUCGGUCAGGAUUUUUCACACGCAGGUGUUCGUCAGAGGCAGGAAAUGACGUCAGAAGACGGUUCCAGUAACCCGAGCGGUCGGCCCAGGUGCAGCAGGCGGGGACACACCGGACACCGCCUCCUUUCUCAUGCCGUCACUACGCCUGUUUCUUUACCGUUUCUGCCCGUGCUUUCUGUCUUUUAGAGACGCUUGAUGUUCACUUGGUUUGUAUUUAAUAGUUUUAUUUGCCUCCGUUUUUAAUUUUGCACGGCCAGAUCACGGCCUUUCACUGACACAGCAUCGUCAGCAGGAUGGGUACCAUAUCAAAACGAGGGGCUAAACCUCAUCCCGACUGAACUGCCUCCUCCUUUUUUAAGUUCCAGUGUUGACAAAAUUUAGAAGGACACAGGUGAAGAGGGAAAUUUGUCAUGUAGAGAAGGUUACAGAUUUUUUUUUUCCCCCCUCAUGUAUUUGGAGGUAAAAGGGAUAUAAAGACUGUAGAAUAACCUCCACAAAAUGCUGUUUUUAAGCCUGUGACGUGUCUUACAUGUAUAUUACCGAACAAUUCGAGGUUGUUUUGUUUCAUUCGCCCUCCUUUUACCGCCUUUGAUCCAGCAAAGAUUUAAUCCCACAUCGGCCGCAGCGGCCAGAGAUAAACGAGAUGGUUUUUCUUUUCUAUUUUCUAUUUUGUUUUGUUUGCAAAAUUUAGUUUUUUUGUUUUUUUUGUGUACUUACUAUGCUACAGCGACGUGUUACGCUUGGGUUUUAAUGCUAUGGCAGGAAAAAAAAAAAUACUGGUAGUGCUAGUUUUGUGGGGAUUUGUGGACUAAUCCCUCUUAAUUUAUUCAGAAAUGUCCAUGUUGGAUUGCCUUCAUGUUCAACUUCUACACCCCGUCGUUUCAAAAUUUCUCUCACCUCUUUCGAUUUCCAGAAAAGUUUGGGUUCAUGUUUGUUUUUUUUUGUUUUUUGGCAACAGUGCAACCUCAGAUGUCUCCUCGUUGUUUUUAAAUGGGUACGAAAAUGAGGAGACUCGUAUAUCCUUGCAGAAAUGACAUAAGGUAAUGCGUUAUCAAUAUUAUUAUUAUUAUUAUGCAAACUUUAGUUUUGAUUUUUGUCAAAUCUUUUGAUUUCUUUCAUAUUUCUAGUUUACAGAAAGUAAAAAAAAAAUCGUAUUUUUUUGAAAAAGCAGAACAAUAAAAUGUUUUUUUUUUUUUUUUAAAUUACGUAGGCAUUUUGCAGUUAUUUGUAUUAAAAACAACCUGCCUAAUUAUUUUUUUUUGUAACUAUAAUCCAGUUUAUUUGCUGCUGUGUAGUACAGUUACUAGUCGGAGGUAAACGUGAGGAUCAAGAUGAUUAUUAUGAUUUUGUUUUUUGGUUGUUUUUCUUCCUCACCCACCUCUGAAUGCGUUUGAUUUUUGGAAUGAGGUUCGGUGGAAGCUGAGGAGAAGAAGCGACUCCCGCUCUGCCCUGCUGCUUGUGCUCUUAUUUUUCCCGAGUUGAAUGCUGUUGUUUGUUAGCUUUACGGGAAAGAGAGAGGAGGUGUGUAUCCUUCGUAUGUGCAUUACUUUUCAGCGACGUACGUCCCGUGUAAGAGGAAAAAAAAAAAAAAAAAGAGGGAUCUGUGUUGGAAAUGGAAAUCCUCCUUGUGUAAAUAAAGAAAGUUGUUGCUUUUUUUUUUUUCAUGUUUUGAUCGGCACCUCAGCAGGUGGCCCAUCUCAUGUUUUAUUUUUUAUUCCUUUUUGUUUUUUCCCCUCUUUCUUUCUCCCUUUUUGUUUCCCCGUGGAGGGAAAAGGGGGCAUGAGGGGGACUCGAACGCGAUUUGAGCAUCGGCAUAGUGUUUAUAUUUAUCAAAAGUUUUUUGCUUUCGAUAGAGCUAUUGCAAUAAAAAUGUGUUCAUGUAAGA